AUGGCCAACAAUUCUCUCGCCUUCACAAAUAAUGUUUUUGAAGCAUUAUGCUCGUAUUUAAAUGAAAAGUGCAUUAUCCAUCGGCAAAUACAGCAUCAAGCGACCUGCACAUCAGAAGAAUCGUCAUUAGCGCGUGGUGAGGAUUUAUCUAUUGACGGAAAAGCUCUUCUCCUGAAAGUUGACGAUCAGUUUCAUCUGUUUGUAUUAAGUGCAGCAAAAAAGUGUGAUUGGAAGAAGAUUAAGGAACGUUUUAAUACAAAAAAACUUCGCUUUGCCACUAAUAACGAACUAUUUCAAUUAACAGGAUUAGUACCUGGUAGUGUGCCUCCGUUUGGUCGUCCGAUCCUUGCGUUUGAUCUCUUCAUUGACGAGAGUAUUAUCAAGAACGAGAAGAUCGCGUUCAAUGCUGGUCUACUAACCGAAUCUAUUGUAAUGCAAGUAGCAGAUUAUCUAAAGAUAGUAAAUGCAGAGGUGUUCUCAUUUUCGACCGAUAAAUAA